UGAUUGGCGGCGGGCGCGGAGCGCUGGGUGUCAUUGCCGGGGGGUCCCAAACAGUGCCAGUGGCGCCGGCGGCGGCCGCAGGUGUGAGCACAGAAGCGAUGGCGACGGAGUCCCCGCGCCGGCCCAGCCGAUGCACCGGAGGGGUGGUGGUUCGGCCUCAAGCUGCCACGGAACAGUCCUACAUGGAGAGCGUUGUUACCUUCCUGCAAGAUGUUGUGCCACAGGCCUACAGUGGGACCCCACCAGAAGAAAAGGAGAAGAUUGUUUGGGUCAGAUUUGAAAAUGCAGAUUUAAAUGAUACAUCCAGGAAUAUGGAGUUCCAUGAGAUCCACAGCACUGGGAACGAGCCCCCCUUACUGCUGAUGAUUGGAUACAGCGAUGGAAUGCAAGUCUGGAGCAUCCCUAUCAGUGGUGAAGCUCAGGAGCUCUUCUCCAUCCGCCACGGGCCCGUUCGAGCCGCACGGAUUUUGCCAGCCCCACAAAUCAGUGCCCAGAAAUGUGAUAAUUUCUCGGAGAAGCGGCCCCUGCUUGGUGUGUGCAAAAGCAUCGGAUCCUCUGGCACCAGCCCCCCCUACUGCUGUGUGGAUCUGUAUUCCCUGAGAACAGGAGAGAUGGUCAAGUCCAUCCAGUUCAAAACUCCCAUUUAUGACCUCCACUGCAACAAGAGGAUCCUGGUGGUGGUCCUGCAGGAGAAAAUCGCUGCCUUUGACAGCUGCACCUUCACCAAAAAGUUCUUCGUCACCAGCUGCUACCCUUGUCCAGGGCCAAACAUGAAUCCUAUUGCCCUUGGAAGCCGUUGGCUUGCUUAUGCAGAAAAUAAGCUGAUCCGAUGCCAUCAAUCCCGUGGUGGAGCCUGUGGAGACAACAUCCAGUCUUACACUGCCACAGUCAUUAGUGCUGCCAAAACGAUAAAGACGGGGCUGACCAUGGUUGGGAAGGUGGUCACUCAGCUCACGGGGACGCUGCCGUCGGGAGCCACCGAGGAGGAGAUUUUGGCUCACAGCAACCUCCGCCGGAGCCCUCUGGUGCCUGGGAUCGUCACCAUCAUCGACACCGAGACGGUGGCAGAGGGACAGGUGCUGGUGAGCGAGGACUCGGACAGCGAUGGCAUCGUGGCCCAUUUCCCUGCCCACGAGAAGCCCAUUUGCUGCAUGGCCUUCAACCCCAGUGGGAUGUUGCUGGUCACCACUGACACGUUAGGCCAUGAUUUCCAUGUUUUCCAAAUACUGACACAUCCUUGGUCAUCAUCACAAAGUGCCGUCCAUCAUUUGUACACACUUCACAGGGGAGAGACCGAAGCCAAAGUCCAGGACAUCUCCUUCAGCCACGACUGCCGCUGGGUGGUGGUCAGCACGCUCCGGGGCACUUCCCACGUCUUCCCCAUCAACCCCUACGGGGGCCAGCCCUGUGUGAGGACACACAUGUCCCCCCGGGUGGUGAACCGCAUGAGCCGCUUCCAGAAGAGCGCGGGGCUGGAGGAGAUCGAGCAGGAGCUCACGUCCAAGCAAGGGGGACGCUGCAGCCCCGUGCCAGGCCUGUCCAGCAGCCCCUCUGGCUCACCACUCCACGGUAAAUUGAACAGCCAGGACACUUACAAUAACUUCACAAACAACAACCCUGGGAACCCUCGGCUGCUGCCUCUUCCAAGUCUGACUGUGGUGUUGCCUCUUGCUCAGAUCAAGCAGCCAAUGACAUUGGGGACCAUCACCAAACGCACAGGACCUUACCUGUUUGGAGCAGGAUGUUUUUCCAUAAAAGCUCCCUGCAAAUCCAAACCAGCUCCCCAGAUUUCACCCAGCAAGUCUGUGGGGGGAGAGUUUUGUGUCGCUGCAGUCUUUGGAUCAUCAAGGUCGUGGUUUGCCAACAAUUCCGGGCUGAAGCGGGAGAAAGAUCAAUCAAAGCAGUUUGUGGUGGAGUCCUUGUACAUCAUCAGCUGCUACGGGAGCCUGGUGGAGCACGUCCUGGAGCCAAGGCCCCUCAGCACAGCUCCCAAAAUCAGUGAUGACACCCCUCUGGAAAUGCUGACCUGCCCCAGAGCCAGCUGGACUUUGGUUAGAACUCCUCAGUGGAAUGAGCUCCAACCACCAUUUAAUGCAAACCAUCCUCUGCUCCUGGCUGCAGAUGCUGUGCAGUACUACCAGUAUCUUCUGGCUGGCUUGGUGCCCCCGGGGAGCCCUGGGCCCAUCACCCGGCACGAGUCGUACGACAGCUUGGCAUCCGACCACAGCGGGCAGGAGGACGAGGAGUGGCUGUCCCAGGUCGAAAUAGUGACUCACACGGGGCCCCAUCGACGCCUGUGGAUGGGCCCACAGUUCCAGUUCAAAACAAUCCACCCCUCAGGCCAAACCACCGUCAUCUCCUCCAGCUCCUCGGUGCUGCAGUCGCACGGGCCCAGCGACACCCCGCAGCCCCUGCUGGACUUCGACACGGAUGAUCUCGAUCUCAACAGUCUCAGGAUCCAGCCGGUGCGCUCGGAGCCCGUCAGCAUGCCGGGGUCACCGCGGCCCGUGUCCGACCGCAGGGGCGUCUCCACCGUCAUCGAUGCUACUUCAGGUGCCUUCGACCGGAGCGUGACCCUGCUGGAGGUGUGCGGGAGCUGGCCCGAGAACUUCGGCCUGCGCCACAUGUCGUCCAUGGAGCACACGGAGGAGGGCCUGCGGGAGCGCCUGGCCGACGCCAUGUGCGAGUCCCCCAGCAGGGACAUGGUGGGAUCAGGAACAGACACAGCCGGUGAAGUAGCAGUAAAAAACAUCACCCCAAAGAGGCACAUGGCUUUGAAAUGUUUUGAGCUUCAGCGAGAGGGAAGCAUAGAGACGCUGAGUAACAGCUCGGGCUCCACCAGCGGCAGCAUCCCGCGCAACUUCGACGGCUACCGGUCCCCACUCCCGACUAACGAAAACCAGCCCCUCAGCCUGUUCCCCACGGGAUUCCCCUAAAUUAGCCGAACAUCCAAGGAGAGAUCCAGACAGGGUAACGAGCCGCCUCUCCGCCUAAACAAUCCCGCUGUGUCCGUCACCUGCCGGCUCCCGCGGCGCUGGAUGGUUCUCGUUACCCUGAUGAUUAUCGACGACUCUCAGACCUUUCCUGAAACGCACUCACGAAAUCUUGACUCUUGUGUCCCUGUGCAAUAUGAAGAGGCUCCGUCUUCAAAUCCUGAUAGCCCUGCGGCUUCUUUUCUCGCUGUCUUCAGGAAGGGGUUGGGUUGAGGGGAAAUAUUUCUAAGCCAUUUUGGGUCAAGCACAAACGGUUUCGCCGCCGUUGCUUCUGCUUUCUUCGUGUUGAGAGAUGAAUCUCCGUAACUCAGAGGAGCUCUCGCCGUUCGUGCAAGUGACGAGCGUUCGUGGAUGAACUGGAGAGACUGGAAACUGGAGGACUUUGUGUGGACAGGGUUGAUAAUGUUAUUCCCUCCUCAUCGUGUCUCCUUGCUGCCCUCCUCCCCCUCUGAUACUCAUCAGUGGCAGGAGUAUUGCAAAUGGAAAUGUUUCUUUUUGUUCUUUGGAAGAAUUCUCUCUAUUGCUCCGGUUUUCUUCUAGUCAUGUAUUUUAGAAAUGUACUUAAUUGACUAAACUGCAGUCACAGAUUUCUCAUAUUUGGUUAUAAAAGUUGUUCAUUGGAACUCAGAUAUCUGUCCAGAAAUGCAUGUGUCAUUGAAUAAAUCUAAGUUAAACAAGAAA